CUGGCUUGCAGCUGGCGCCCUCGGGGGCGUCCUCGGCGCCGGCUUCCAGCUGCGCCCCCAGCCCCCCCCACCGCCAGUGGAUCCGUGCCCGGCUCCCCCUCCUCUCCCCUCCCUGCCUGCCUGCCAGCAUCAGCAGCAUCCAUCUCCCUCCCUGCUCCGCCCGCAUGGAGAGGGAGAAUGGCGGAGAGAGAGAAAGGAGCCGCGUCCCCCGCCGGAUCGUCUCCCUUCCUGGGGCUGCACCUCGCCUCGCCUCCCAAUUUCAGGCUCACCCACGAUAUCAGCCUUGAGGAGUUUGAGGAUGAAGAUCUCUCUGAAAUCACCGAUGAGUGUGGAAUCAGUCUGCAUUGUAAGGACAGCCUGGCUUCCCGGAGCCAUGUGAGCCUACAGGCCAAUAGCGUCCUGGGAGUGGGUGGUGGGGAGGCGAGCCGGCUGCAAGCAGAGAUGCUUCAGCUAGACCUGAUCGAUGCAGCCGGGGAGACCCCUGCCGAAGAGGAGACAGCAUCCGAGAAGCUCAAGAAAGAGCCCCUGCCGGUAACCAUGGACACCUACAGACCCAAGCGACCCACAACUCUCAACCUCUUCCCACAGGUGCCUCGGACCCAGGGAGCUCAGGGAGGAUUUCCAGCCUUCCGACAUUCCCAGGUGCCAGUUACCUGCUUACGGUUUCAAGGCAACACAGCAGUGUUGGGGGCCUGGGGGCAGGACACUCUGAAUAACAACUCUCUUGGGAAAAAGCACAGUUGGCAGGAGCGGGUGUCCCGGUCAUCUUCCCCCUUGAAAACUGGUGAGCAGACCCCUCCCCAUGACCACGUUUGCCUGAGUGAUGAGGUCAAUCACCAAAACAGCACAACCUCCACCAAAGACCGGGGCACGUCCACGGAGAGUCCAUGCCGGCGCACGGCUGCCACACAGAUUGCCCCUGCCUGUGUGGCCUCCUCCCGGGCGCCUGAGAAACACCAAACCAUGAGCCGGCCCCCACCCCACAACCCCAGUGUGGUGGUGGUGACAAGGGGGCCGGAAGCCCACCGGGACCGUAUCCGCUACCAGACGGACGUGAGGCUCGAGGCCACCGAGGAGAUUUACCUGACGCCUGUGCAGAAGAACUCCGAUCCGCUGGAGCCCGAGAAGCCGUUCCUGUCCCAGUCCAGUGAGAACCGCAUGUCCAUCAGCUCUGACGUUGAUGCCUCCAGCUACCCCGCACUGGCGGGGAAGCCCAACCCCUCCAUCAGCGAGGAGGAUGAGGUGCUGGACUACAUGUCCUCCCCUGACAAGAUGAGCCUGCCCAGAACCUCAUGUAGUGGCAGCAACAGUGGCUACCGGCCUGGGCACAGCCUCCAGCGGGCCUCGGUGAGCUCUGACACCAGCGCCCUCUCCUAUGACUCGGUCAAGUACACACUGGUGGUGGAUGAGAACGUGCAGCUGGAGCUGGUCAGCCUGAAGCAGUGCUACUCAGGCUACAGCGAUGAGAGCGACUCAACCACCGUCUAUGACAACUGUGUCUCCUCGCCGUAUGAGUCCGCCAUUGGCGAGGAGUAUGAGGAGGAUGCACUGAAGCGUGACUCAGUCUGCCUCUCUGAGGACUCCACCCCAGAGGCGGACAUCCACUUCUCCAAGAAGUUCCUCAAUGUCUUCAUGAGCGGCCGAGCGCGUUCCUCCAGUGCUGAAUCCUUUGGGCUAUUCUCUUGUAUGAUCAAUGGGGAGGAGCAGGAGCAGACUCACCGCGCUGUUUUCAGGUUUGUCCCUCGUCAUGCGGAUGAGCUGGAGCUGGAGGUGGACGACCCGUUGCUGGUGGAGGUGCAGGCAGAAGACUAUUGGUACGAGGCCUAUAACAUGAGGACGGGUGACCGUGGCAUUUUCCCUGCUUACUAUGCUAUCGAAGUCACCAAGGAUCCUGACCAUAUAACAGCCCUGACCAAGAACAGCGACUGGGUGGAUCAGUUCCGGGUGAAAUUCCUUGGCUCAGUCCAAGUUCCAUAUCACAAAGGCAACGACGUGCUGUGUGCAGCUAUGCAGAAGAUUGCCACCACCCGCCGCCUCACUGUGCACUUUAACCCGCCCUCCAGCUGUAUCCUGGAGAUCAGUGUGCGUGGAGUCAAGAUUGCCGUGAAGUCUGACGAUGCCAAGGAGCACGGCAAGGGAAACAAAUGUAGCCAUUUUUUCCAGUUGAAGAACAUCUCCUUCUGUGGGUACCAUCCAAAGAACAACAAGUAUUUUGGAUUUAUCACCAAGCACCCAGCAGACCAUAGAUUUUCCUGCCACGUCUUUGUCUCUGAGGAGUCUACCAAGCCACUUGCGGAAUCUGUAGGGAGGGCUUUCCAGCAGUUCUACAAGGAGUAUGUGGAGUACACAUGCCCCACAGAGGACAUCUACCUGGAGUAGGGGGCUGGGCCGAGCACCUCCCAUACAGACAGGGCCAGCAAACGUGCCUCUUCCCCAGUGUGCAUGGACAAGCUGCUUUGAGACUGGAGGAGAAAGAGGAGUGAAGCUGGAGAUGGUUCCCUUGGUGCAUGGAGCACACCCCCCCCUCCCCCUGACUUUUCAGGACUCCCCUUCCUUGGGCUGGGGGCUUGGGGUGGGAGGGGGGAGGGGUGAGAAAUGGGGUUUAUUGUAAAAUACUCUUAGUUUAUUAUAUUGAAGAAGCAUCAACGCCGCAGGCACUGCUGUGACAGCAUAGGAUGGGGCAUGCCUGGGUAGGGGGGCCCUGGAGGGGUAGGGGCAAGCAUGCAGCUAGGGGCACUGGCUGCACCACAGGCCAGGCUCUGCUUGCUGGCCCAGUGGAAUGGACGGGAGAACAUUCAUGCUCCUCUCCCCCAAGCGCUGGGGUGGUAGCACCUCCCAGCACGCAGCCUCACUCCUGCCGCCAUCCCACCGUGGGCUGAUUUUUAAUUCUGCGGCCAAGGCAGGCUCGCAUCAAGAAGCUGCAGGAUCAGCAGCAAACAGGAACCGGUGCAAGGAAUAGAGGUGGCCGAGUCCCCCUCUCCCAAGGGAAAGGGGCCUGCAUGUGGCAAAGAGAAGUUACUGCUGAAAGCCUAAGGCCCAGCUGAAGGGUGCUGAGAGGGAGAUGGACUCGGCCCAGAAAUUCCCACAGAGGGGCCUGGCUUUUAACCACCCUGCUGUUCCCACCCUGACAGGCUAAGGUGCUGUCUGGUUUCCAGGCAUUAGCCCUGGCCUAUGCUGAGACAUGGUGGCCUGUUCCCCUCCCUGCUUAAAGGAGAAGCCAGGGAGGAGCUAGGAGUGUGUAGGCCCUCCCUACUCUAACUGUUUAUUGGGAAGUGGAGGGAGAGAGGCAUGGAAGUCCCCUGCCCCCUUCUCAUACAGCUGUGGGGGGUGGGAUGGUGCCCCUGCUUCUCCCCCCAUCCACUGCAGCUGCAGGUACCAGGGCUGAGGGGAGCAGCUCUGACCCACCUGAGCUGGGCUAGGCAUCCUGAGGAGCAUCAUCUGCAAGCACAAUGCGAGUUCCCCAUGUCCAGGAUGGAGCUGUCCCCCUUGAUGGGCAGAGGGGGUAGGGAUGGAAGAGAGAAGCGCGACUGGGGAGAAGGGGCUGAGGCUGGCAGUGAGCUGUGCUGAGAGCAAUAGAGCAAGUGCCCCACCCUUGCCCUGCAGCCAGUGGUCUCUGUGCUCCAGCUGGAUCCACCGUGAUGGCAACAACUAUUAAACCUGACCUUUCAUGGA